GUUUGACAUUUAACUGACAGACACUUUUUCAUGGGCCGUGGAACGGAACGACGAACGUAGUCCCGUCAAAAAUGGCCUCUUUAUUGAAUGUUUUGCUGCGAAAAUCCUCAAAUAUUGGCCAAGCCAACGCCCUUUUAAAGAGUAUUCCAGCCGUUUACAAUGUGAAUUCGCAGCGCAAUGGGCACCGCUGGUACCCAGAUGAGGAGUAUGUGCGGCAGUUCCAGGGAGCGGUCAUGUACCCUGAUGAGGUCACCUCCCUGCUCAAACAUCCACCAUACCACAGUGUCAUAACUCCCGGUGAGAAGCAGGUGCGUAACAUGAUCCUGAACUUCGGACCGCAACAUCCGGCCGCUCACGGCGUGUUGCGACUCGUCUUGGAACUCGACGGAGAGACGGUCCGCGCGGCCGACCCUCACAUCGGGCUCCUGCACCGCGGCACUGAGAAGCUGAUCGAGUACAAGACGUACACGCAGGCGCUGCCCUACUUCGACCGACUCGACUACGUGUCCAUGAUGUGCAACGAGCAAUGCUACAGCCUCGCUGUCGAGAAACUCCUCAACAUUGAUAUACCGAUCCGCGCCAAGUAUAUUAGGACCCUGUUCGCGGAGAUCACGCGUAUCCUGAACCACAUAAUGGCGGUGGGCACGCACGCGCUGGACGUGGGCGCGCUAACGCCGUUCUUCUGGCUGUUCGAGGAGCGAGAGAAGAUGAUGGAGUUCUACGAGCGGGCCAGCGGCGCCAGGAUGCAUGCCGCCUACAUCCGCCCCGGCGGCGUGUCGCUUGACAUGCCGUUAGGUCUGAUGGACGACAUAUACGAGUUCUCGUCGAAGUUUGCCGAGCGUUUGGACGAGGUGGAGGACGUGCUCACCACCAACAGGAUCUGGGUGCAGCGCACCAAGGAUAUCGGGAUAGUGUCCGCGCAGGACGCGCUCAACUAUGGAUUCAGUGGUGUGAUGCUCCGCGGAUCCGGCAUCAAAUGGGAUCUGCGCAAGUCGCAACCGUACGACGCGUACCAUCUGAUGGAGUUCGACGUACCCAUUGGCACCAACGGCGAUUGCUACGAUAGAUACCUAUGCCGCAUAGAGGAGAUGCGUCAGUCCUUACGCAUCAUCGAACAAUGCCUGAACCAGAUGCCGCCCGGCGAGAUAAAGACCGACGACGCGAAACUCACGCCACCAUCCAGGGAGGAGAUGAAGACGUCCAUGGAAGCCCUGAUCCAUCACUUCAAGCUGUUCACUCAAGGCUACCAAGUGCCGCCCGGCAGCACGUACACGGCAGUGGAGGCUCCUAAGGGAGAGUUCGGUGUUUACCUCGUGUCUGAUGGUGGAUCCAAGCCUUACAGGUGCAAGAUCAAGGCCCCGGGCUUCGCUCACCUUGCAGCUCUAGAGAAAAUCGGUAAAAACUCCAUGUUGGCGGAUAUCGUGGCUAUCAUCGGAACACUUGACGUAGUGUUCGGAGAGAUCGAUCGGUAAACAUCGGCCGCCGUCGGGAAACUUCGUAGACUAAGCAAUAAAGUGAUGCAGUAGUUGUAUAUAAGUAAACUCCGGUUUUUCGUCUCAUAAAUGUACCUCAAAUCCUGUGCAUUCAAAUGUAAAAAAAAAUAAUAUAAUUUA